AUGAAUGCGGAGCUGGAUGUCAUGCGGGCCAUGCAGAAGAGCUUGGUGUGCUCAAGCGGGACUUGCAAACAGUUGGACGAGCCAAUGAUGAUUCGGUACACAUCAUUUUCUGGUUUGCUCCCCUUAUUGUCGAGGGGUUCAUUGCCAUUGGCGAGAGUGGAAGAGAUAUCACAGACAAUUGACUCAGAGAGCUUCACUAUCCAGAACUCUAUCCGUUUUCCUGGGCCAUUGGCUGCAACCUUCAUUAGUACCAAUGCCAAAUAUGAAGCCCGAAGUCCCAAGCGCACGCAGAUCAAGUUUGAAGAAGGCAUCAUUGGAACUCCUCAGAUAACAGACUCCAUAGUUUUACCGGAGAAUGUCGAAUUUCUGGGACAAACAAACGACCUUUCCCCAUUGAAAGGCUUGUUCACUUCAGUCCAAGACGCAACUUCAUCUGUUGCAAGGACCAUUUCUAGCCAACCACCAUUAAAAUUCCCAAUCUCAAAUAGCAAUGCGCAGUCUUGGUUACUAAAAACAUACCUGGAAGAAGAGCUUCGUAUUUCCAGGGGAGACGCUGGUAGUGUGUUUGUGCUCAUCAAGAAAGGAAGCUCUCUCUUGACGCCAUGAACUGC